ACAUAUUUCUGUUGCGAGUCCUCUAAGUCGACCCGUCCUUUUGAAUCUGUUCUGCACGAACAGGGGGCCAUUUUUCCUAGUGCAACGGCUCUUGUAGACUGCGACAAGCGGCACCGUGGGGCUCAGCACCCUCAGGCGUAACCUAGGUAAAGUCUGUGUGAUGUGUGCGACGAGCAAAGGGUUUCCUAGAUACCCCCAAAAGGGAGAGGGGGUCUCGGAGGAGAGGUCGCGCUGAGGGUCCAUGGAGAUCUCUCGAACUGCGCGUCGAGCUGUUGUCAAGCGAGGGCUGAUAUUCACAUGGUUCAAACUAACGCCAGUGAUUGCGGUUUCGGUCUAAGCCAUAGAGCGGUGCUGGAUCAGUGUAGUUGAUUUCCAUACUUCUUAUCCUUUAGCCGGGUUUGCAAUUGCCCUGUCGAAAGCAAUUGAUGUUUAAAGCGUUAUUUGAGUAAAUUAGGGUGAUAGGUUACAUUUGUGUUUCUUUGCCUGUGGGUCAACUGUUCACGUUCUCGGUGUAUGAAACACUGUAGUAGCACACAAAGCUAUCUUUUGUGGUAAAAGUUACGAAUACGGAAUUGUAUGUAAUUUACAUAUAUCACGAAGAUUUGUGGGUCUUGCUUAGUGAUUGCAGUGCUUGCUUUGGCCUUAGCUAGAAGCAAAUAGAUAUAGUUACAGCUGACAAUUCGAAGAGAAAGUUUUGUGCAGUAAUUUGGAAGAAAUAAAAAUCGAACUUUGAGUAGCAGAUGACACACGGGUAAUUUAUAUGUGCAUAAUAUUGUUUUUAAAUAAAAAACAAUUUGGUGGUGCUACAAUUAUUAGUGGGUGGAUACGCGUAACGGUGCUACUUCGCGUAACUGGACAAGAAGCGCUAAGCUAACUAAGAAACGGCGACAAGGACAGCGACGACGUGAGCCAAAGCAGCCGAGAAGGCCAUCGAGGACGUCAAGUAGGUGGCUUCCAGCAAAGAACAACGCUAGUAACCGCCGUAGACGAGGCAAUCCGUCUAACAUAACCGACAGAAUGUCAUCCUCAUCGUCGGGCGUGCGUCAGAAGAUGCGUGACCUCAAGCAGGUGGUGCCAUUGGCUAUACCAAAGGAAAGCGCUGAACCCUUACAAGAAGAGGUCAUUGAAGACGGCGUGAAAAUAUUUAGGAAAACUUCCUUAGACGAAAAGACAACAAUCUAUCUCUAUAAGGUGGAAUAUCAAGACCUCGGUUGUGACACAGACGCUGUGGAGGGGUUCGUUACGUGCGAUUCAACCAAACUUUCGCCUGGAGAAAGCCUCUACGUGGCCCUCGUUGGAAGGUUUCGCUACGGUCGGGAGGAAGAUGAAGUUCUUGGCAUGUCACUCUGCAGGGAAAUGUAUAUGGGCCAUAAGCUGGUUUGGGCUAAGGGUGCGGGUUUCCAUCAGGGCAGUUCGUCCCAGUCAUCAGGUGAGACAGUCACAUCAAGCGGUGAGGCACAGCCUCAGGGAGCGUUGCAGACAGGCAACGAGCAACCCGGGCCUUCGUCUGAAGGCGUCAAUGACAGCGAUCCGCGGUUGCCAGGCUCGCCGUCAGAUGGCCGUCGCUGUCCGGAAGACAAGGCAAAGGUUCAUUUUUCAUUCGUCUUUCCCGAAGAUGCGCCGGUUUCGACUAUUAUGCAGCGGCUGACCCCGGACGCUGGUGACACGUGCGGGGUACGAUACUAUGUUCGAUGCUAUGGCUCAGUCGAUCUAAACAAGGAACACAGUACUAUCAGCGUGUUAAAUUUCCCUAUUCGAAAGUUACAAUUCGGUAGCCCAGUCGUUAAUCCAUCUAAAUCGCUUCCGAAAGGAACGAUCCUUAAAGAGUUCCCAUUGAACGGGGGUCGUCUUGCUCUAGAAGCCACGCUCAACAAAGCGGCGUAUGAGCAUGGUGAAGCAAUUCGGGUAAAAAUUAGUUUAGUCAACUCAUCGCACAAAAGCGUCAAGCAUGUAAAGGUUACUGUACAGCAAUCGGCCCAAGUACAUCUAUGGAAUACUGGAAAACUCAAAGUCACCGUUGCGUCCACUAAUAACAGAUCGGAUUGCCAUGUGAGCACGGGUCAGUGUGCGGAGAAGGAAGUGAUACUUCUGCCAAAGGCUGGCGACAACAAAAACAAGUAUGGAGUCUUCAUCCAGGGUCGUGAAGAUGACCAAGCGCAACCUCCAUGUCUUGCAUCUUCGACAAUAGUGUCGGAGGAAAUUGCUCGAGAGGGUCGAUACUUCGGAAUCAUUGUCGAUUACGAGGUUAAAGUUAAGCUUUGUCUUGCAGCACUCAGCUCAUUAUCCGGGUUUCGAUCGUGGAUGUGUAACGGCGUCAAGGGCUUAGUCGAUGAUAAAGCGGUGAGCUCAACAUCUUGUCUACCGGGAAACGCACCAGGAGGUGGGGCGAAUUCGCCUGUCUCGUCGCCGACCAAGGCGCCCUCAACGCCGGCAGAAAGACGUGGUGAGAUCGCGUGUCUGAUUCCGUUCCAGAUUUAUCAGAGGGCCCCAACUGGAAACGAAGCAAAGUCACAUUUGCUUCCUUGCGCCGGUCCCCAUUCGAUCGAGCAACGCGUCGAGGAAAUUGCUCUCGAAGAGUGAUUUCCUCCUACAUGUUAUCAAAGCU